AUGCCGAGAAGAGGAGCAGCUGGGACUACUGCACGUGUCUAUCCAGGCAGCGGAAACAUGGCUGCCGCGGGGCUGGUGCUGGUGCGUCUGCUAAUGGUGCUGGCGGCAGUGGUGUCCACUCUAACCGCUCUGAACGACCCGACGUGUGAGUGUCCGGACGGUUUUAAGCUGUGCGCCGGCCACUGCCUGCGGCGGCUGGACCGGGUGCUCACCUACGACGAGGCUCGGAUCAUGUGCGCCGGCCUGGGCGCCCACCUGGCCGUGCCGCGCACAGAGGCGGAGAACCAGUGCGCCGACAGCACCGCCGCCGGCCAGCUCGUCUGGCUGGGCGUCACGGAGGUGCCCGGAGACGAGGGACACUACGUCGGCGCCGACGCGUGCGGCGACGUGCCCGUCGGCCAGUUCUGGGCCAGCGGCCAGCCGGAGAACUACGGGCCGCGCGGCGAGGACCGGGUGGUGAUGGUUCCGCACGACAGCGGUACCGUGCACGCCGUCGGAUGGCACGACAACCCGGCCGAACAGGAGUGGCACCCACUCUGCCAGCGCUCGCUGUUCUACCGGCCCGACUGCGUGAACUGAAUGACAUACUGACGCUCUAUGGCUGAGUGAACUGAAUGAGAUACUGACGCUAUACCUACCGGCCCGACUGCCUGAACUGAAUAACUGACGCUCCACGACUGCGUGAACUGAAUGACGUACUGACGCUCCACGACUGUGUGAACUGAAUGACAUGCACACUCUACCGGCCCAACUGCCUGAACUGAAUAACGUACUGACGCUCUACGACUGUGUGAACUGAAUGAGAUACUGACGCUAUACCGGCCCGACUGCAUGAACUGAAUGACAUACUGACGCUCUACGACUGUGUGAACUGAAUGACAUACUGACGCUCUACGACUGUGUGAACUGAAUGACAUACUGACGCUCUACCGACCGGACUGUGUGAACUGAAUAACAUACUGAUGCUCUACGACUGAAUGGACUAUAUGAUCUACUGACGCUCUACCGGCCGCACCGCGUGAAAUGAAUAAAUAGCCCCCUGUCAAAACAACUGAUUUUAUAUUGAUUAUGAAAUGCAUUCGGCUGUCUAAACAUUACUUUGGCUGCAGGAGCUUCAGGUUUCAGUAUAUUCACCCGGCAAUACAAAUAUACGCAACUCGUAA